UAUGCAAAUGAGAACCUCCAAAGGGAAAUGUCAUUCCUCAGAGGUUGCACUUUUAAAACUCUGUCUUAUUUAAGUUUUAACUUUGUCUCAGAUGUUCCUCCUAAAAUAAAAUAAGUGUUGGCAUUAUCAUAUAAAGAUAUACAGUUAAUUUGGAUAGCAUAUUCAUAGUUUAUUUGAUUAGAAAUGAUUACAUCAUAUUGAAUCUCUGGCUUUCUAUCGCAGACUUUGAUCAUUUGAGUUUGAGACAUUGUUUAAAUCUAUUCUGGCAGUCAAAAGGACACAUGUGAGUUUAGUGCCCAAGGGAAGCAAGAAAGUCUCAAUUUGCUCUCGAAUUAAUUCCAUUGGUGUCGGAGAAACAAUUGAGAGACUAAAGAGAUAUUAUUUGUGUUUUUUUCUGUCAUGUGGACCAGGUUAAACAGCCGAUUUGUGUUUACCAUCUGCCUCCGCUCUGACUCUUCCACACCACCAUGACACAGCAGUGAUUAGUGUACCAGCUAACAUAACACAAACACACACACACAGGCCUGUUAGUACACUAGCCACAACUCACAGUAAAGACAACCUAUUUACUAUUGUAACUGAGCCAUUUCAACCUUGUUUCUGAAAACAAUAGGUUGUAAAUUACAUACUGGUUUCAUUCAGAGCGAUAAGAAGAUCUUGGAGCACAAGUCCUUGUUUUAUGGGUCGUUUCAUUGGGGGCUCUAUACAGUAUUGAACACUUUGUCAAUGGACAGGAUGCAGUUAUUUUACUGGUGCCCAAGGAAAAGUUACAGAUCUAAUUGUUGUGUAUGGGGCUACCCUGAUGAGAUAUUGGUGUCCCCAGUCAGCUUCACCAGCAAAUGGCAAUGGAAGUCUAUUUAGUUUAAAGUUCGAGAAACUUCUUUGGAAACUUUUUUUAAUGGUUCCAGCCUGGAAAUCUGAGUCAUUAUGAAUGUUUUAAUGUCCUUUAAAUGUUUUCUAAAUAUGUUUUAGAGAAAUAUAAAUAUGUAACAUUGUGGGUCCACAUAGUUAUUUUGUUUCUCUUUAAAGCAGUUGAAAUUACUGUGCCACUAAAUAAAUCACAUGAUUGAUGGUUUCCCAGGUUUCCCAAACUCCUCUGUCUACAAUUAUUUGGACAAACAGGUAAUCCCGCCCUCAAAUACAUGACAUUGGUUGAGCCAGAAGUUGACAUGUCAGACCGUCCAGUCAAACAGGGGUGCGUUUCCCAAAAGCAUCAUUAGUCAACUAUGGUUGUAAGUCCCAUUGAACUCUAUUGAUAAUGAUGGAACUUGCAACCAUAGUUCACUUUGGGAAAUGCAUCCUAGAACAUUUGAAAUGGCCAUUGUGUUUACAUGCUUUGUAAAUGUCAACUUAGUUAUCAUUGUUUCUGUGCAUUAAACUUUGUUGGUAUUGAUUUUUAAGUUGCCUUGAAUUGCUGAUUAGUGUGAAUCGAUCGUGCAUAUAUGAGUCUGUGCAACUAACAGCAUUAACUGGCCAGUGGUGUGGAUUAGUGACCCUGUGCUUCCUUCCUUUGGACUGCUCCAGUGAAGCAUAACAAGAUUACAGUGGCCCAAGUUGUGGCCGGACUGAACCAUGUGCACCGUCAAUAGGGGGUAGAGGAUAUCUAGGGUAACAGGGUGGAGAUUGGGGGGGGGUUGCAGAUGUUGCAGGAAAGCUGGGCUGAAAGUAGCCUGAGGUCUCAGUCAGUCAGUCAGUCAGUCAGAGAGAGAGAGAGAGAGAGAGAGAGAGAGAAAGAAGUGUGCUGUGAUUCCAUGGGGUGAUGAACAAGCCCCAGGGGGCUGAAGCAGAAAGGCAAAUGAAAACACAAGAAAAAGCAGAGAAGAAAAAUAGACACACACUCAUCCCUUUGCUGACCAGCUCGGCUGAGACACUCCACCAUGGUAAUGGCUCUCGGAUGCUGCAUGCCGCUGAGGUCUAAAGCACUAUCUAAUCUGGACAUUGAGAGUAAGCUGAGUGGACAUUAUCAGGCUUCGUGGCACCUGCAGAGAAACGUGUUCCUGCCGUCGACCCGGCCCGCGUGCGUGGAAGAGCUGCAUCGAAAUGCCAAGCAGAGUCUGCGAGCACUGUACAGAGACCAGCAGCAGAGGCAGGAGGUCAGCGAGAGACAGCGGAGGGUGACCAUCUCCAUCUCCAUGGCUCCGCCCAUGAUGCCCAGCUACCCGUCGCCCCGCGCACACAGGAGACGCCAGCAGAGAGAGAGGCCGCUGACAACGGAAAGGACAGAGAGAGACAUAGAAACUCAGACAACACAAACACAGUUCCAAAGCACCCGGUCCUCCUCCCCUACUGAGUGUUGUCAUUUUUCCCCAUGGAGCAGAAAGGUUGCUCCUCCAGUUGAUUCAGAUUCAGAGGCAGUGGCUCUGGGCCACUGGCCGAAGUGCCCGAUCCCAAACGUGCCCUCAACGUUGGACAAACAGACAAACUGGGCUGGACUGUUACCAUUACCCACCCCAGAAGAGAAGAUGAAGACAGACUCUCAAGUCAUCACCUCAUGCAUUGUUCCCAUUAAUGUAACAGAGGAGGGCGCCAACGCUACUUCCCCCUCAGCGAUAUCAGCUUUGCUAAGGGUUGGGUUCGACAGAGAGGCCAGUGUGCGCUGCUCUCUAGUCCAUUCGCAGUCAGUACUUCAACGGCGGAGGAAGCUAAGGAGACGGAAAACGAUCACUGGCAUUCCCAGACGAGUGCAGCAGGAUUUGGAUUCUGAUGAAUCUCCAGUAGCCAGGGAACGUACUGUGAUAGUCCACACCAACCCUGAAAUUUGCCAAGAGGAUCUCACUCUCUCUCGUCUCAACACCAAGGACUCUGGUUGCCAGACAGAAGAAUUCCUGAUUGUUGGGGCUGCACCCUCACGUAGACGGAUCAGAGCACAAAGGGGGCAGAGCGUGACUGUGUCACUGUCCCAUUCGACGGGGAACAUAUCUUCGCUGCCUGACAACUCUGACACAAUGUUCACCACCUCAGUAGGCUCCCGUAUACGUUCCCGGAGCCUCCCGCGUGAGGGGGGGCGACUGGUAGAUGAAGGUCAUGAUGACAGUGAUGAGGAUGAUGAUGAGGAUGAGGAAGAUCUGUCCCCGUUUGAGGCAGAGGACUUCCUACCAGUCCCAGGGGAACAUAUUCUAAAAGAUGAUGAAGAAAGCACUGAUGACCAGGCAGUCCCACAGAGCAAGCAUAACAGUUUAUCAUUCAACCAGCAUGCUGGAAGUACAGAGCAUGACUGGAUGGAGAGGGGUCGAUCCCGUCUGCCUCGUAAAGCUGACAUGGGUAGUUGUGAGAUUUCCUCCAGUUCUGAUACGUUCAGUAGCCCCAUUCACUCCGUUUCCAACGCUGGUGUGCUGACUAGCCAGAUGGACCACAAGGAGGAUCACCAGUCCUCGAGCGGCAACUGGAGUGGUAGUAGUUCUACAUGUCCCUCCCAGACAUCAGAGACCAUUCCACCUGCAGCCUCACCCCCACUCACCGGAUCAUCCCACUGUGAUUCAGAGCUAUCGUUGAAUGCAGCUACUAAUACUAAUGAUGAUUCCACAGGCUUCAUUAUUGAUCCAUAUCCUGGAGACCGAUCACAAGGCCUCCGUAGCCAUAGGACAGGUUCAUUCACUUCCACUGCAACUGACAUGCUUGAUGAUGCUGGAGUCAGCACUGCCAGUGAGGGUGAGUGGAGCUAUCCCCACUACAGGCACAACAUGCCUUGCCACCCUGACUUCAGUCCUGAGCACUCUAGGGUGGAGAACAUCCUAGAAUCUCCCAGUUUUGCUAGCAUAGCCACUUUUGAAAGUUUAACAGAUAGGCCACCUUCUGAAAAGGCAGACACCACCUCACACUAUUCUGUAGAUGCAGAGGGCUACUAUACCUCCAUGCACUUUGACUGUGGUCUUAAAGGUAGCAAAAGCUUCACAUAUAACUAUGCAUCUGUAGACCAGCAGCAGGCAGAAUAUGGACAUCAAACAAACACACUUGGGAGACACAGUCUCUCUCUAAGGAAACCAAAGGUGAAGCCAUCCCCACCAAAACGUAGCUCAUCCUUGAGGACAAUAAGCAGCCAUGUUGGACCUCCCGUUGACAAGAACGAACCAAAGAUUGCUGGUGGUCAGAACAAAUCAACGUCUUCCAGGGAGAGAACACAGCAUGUGGGAUUAAACGGAGGCUCCUCGAGUCAGCUGGAGAGUGAGGAGCCACUGGGGGCUUGGGGUGUUGAGAGUUCUACUGAGAUUCCAGAAGUUGUUUUGUUUGGCUCCACAGAAACGCAUUCCUUCAAGGAUGAGGGAGCUGUCCAGUCAGACUAUGCAGAUCUCUGGCUUCUUAAUGACUUGAAAUCCAAUGAUCCUUACAGAUCACUGUCAAAUUCCAGCACAGCUACGGGUACCACUGUCAUUGAAUGCAUUAAAUCACAGGAGAGCUCAGAAUCCCAGACUUCCCAGUCAGGAUCAAGGGCCACUACUCCUUCACUACCAUCAGUGGAAAGCGAGUUUAGAUUGCCUUCACCAGAAAAGCUGGUGGGUCUAGCAUCACCUUCCAGUGGCUACUCAAGCCAGUCGGAGACACCAACAUCUUCUCUUCCAUCAGCUUUCUUCCCGAACGCUCACCCUAUGUCCCCUCCUGGUGGCAAGAGGAAACCCAAAGUCCCAGAAAGGAAGUCCUCACUUGCUUCUUUGCAGCAGUACUCAUCAAAAAGGGACCUUGAAUUGCCUAUCAUACCUCCCACUCACCUUAACCUAAGUGCCCUUCCCAAUGUCAGCAAGCCUUCAAUUCACAAAAAACAGAUGCACAUCCUGCACCAGAGCAAACACAAGGCAGCAGCUUCAGCAGAAAUCAAGCAUGAGAGUCUUUCGAGUGAUGAGCUGGCAGUCACUAGUCCUUUGGCCAUCACUCCUACGGUUCUUCGUUCAGUUCAGCUACGUUCAGUUGGCAAAUCUGGAGAAGGGAGCCACGAUCGACCUAGCACUGAUACUGCCACUAGGCCUAAGUGUCCCACUGUGACUAUCAUCACCCCACCUACUCACAAUAAACCCCAUGAAACUAGGAAACCUCCACCCUAUAGACCCCUUCUCACAGAACCUUCCUCUCAGGACAAUUGUGAAUCACUGUUUACCCCAGUAGAUGGACUAGCUGCUAAGAAUAUAGCAAGCCAUUUUGGUGCAAGAAAUAGAUAUGACCGAUUAGCCCCAUCCCCUCUUUGGAGCAUGACUGCUUUUAAGGCCCAGUCUGAGCAGGUGAACAUGGAUGAAGUGACGUUGGAGAAUUCUCGAGAAGUUGCAGAAGAGGUGAGCACCUCAAAUAAUUUCUUUUCCCAGAGUAGACUGGAAGUAGAGCAAAACCAGCUAUUGAGAUCUGAGCCAAACGAGGGAAGCCCUGGUCAGAAUGGUCUAGCAAACAGGUCAGAUAUUCUUGACCAAGUGCCUGAUAUUGUCAAUCAAAGAUCAGAGACAUUGCAAGCUUAUCCAAUUAGCAGUGCUGGAGAAGAAUAUGUAACAUCAGGUGUUCCAACCAGAAGUGCCUCUCAGGAACAUGUAGAGGAAGGGUCAACACCAGACACAGAGGACUAUUUUAGCAGAGAGUCUACACCAAGCGAUCCAACUGUGUCCCCUUUGACAGACGAAUCCAAAUCUGAGGAUGAUAGUGUUUUUCUUUCACCAAGUAAAAGUCGCACAACAGAGGAUCUCUUUGCCAUGAUUCACAGGUCAAAACGAAAAAUGCUGGGCAGGAAAGAUUCUGGAGAAAUGUCAGUGCGGAGCCGUUUACCCAUUGUCUCUGGGAAUGGCUCUGCUACUAAUCCUGUAACCUCGCCAAGCACCCCAAACAUCCCUGCAAGUCCAUCUACUCAAAUUGGGUCUCAGAAAACCCCGGGUCCAAUUUACAGGAGUGCCAAAAAGUCCAGUACCUCGAAUGAAGAAUUCAAAUUGCUGCUGUUGAAAAAGGGAAGUCGGUCCGACUCCAGUUAUCGUAUGUCAGCUACAGAGAUCCUAAAGAGCCCUAUUGCACCCAAAAGCCCCGGUGAGCUCCUGAUGGAGGGUUCUAGACAACUUGAGGAGCCACUUUCUCCUUUACAACAGCAAUUUCCAGAGGGAACUCCUGAGCAAAUUCACAGCCCCUUUCCAAAACCGUAUGCUGAGGGCUUCUCCACAAAAGCUUUUCCCACAUCUGCCUCAUCUAGACAAGGCCGGUCAAGGAUGCCGCCAGCUGCAAAUAGUAGCCGCUACAGUACACGUAGUCGGCUUUACACUGCUCCCAUGCAGGCCAUAUCAGAAGGGGAAACAGAAAACUCAGAUGGAAGCCCCCACGAUGACCGUUCCUCCUGAAAAAUACAUCUUCAAAUUUGAGCAUCAACUAAGUCUAGACACAAUCUUUGAUAUUAAGUUAAUAAUGCUGGGCACUUGGCAUACUACAUAUUUUUAAGUAUCCGUUCUUAAGAAUACCGUAAACCAUAGGCAAACUAAGUAGUGUCUGUACCCUUUUGUAUCAAAAAGAACAAAUCAUUCUGAUGAUGAUUUUCAGUGGUUGUGUUCUAAUAACUUCCAUGAGCAUAUUUAUUUCAUGUAAAUGCUUUGUUUGUGUACCUUUCAUUUUAGAAUGAGAGUGGAGAAAACUACAUACUAAGAAUCCAUCACUUUGUAAUUAUUCACAGUGCAUCGAUGCAGAUGCCUUUUGUCACACACAUUUAGCAUUGUCUAGAAAGAUUAACAAAAACAGUACUGUACUGGGGUAACUGUGAAAAUGGGUCCAGAAGGUGUUAAAAGAAGGGAAAAUCUUUCUUGUACCUUAAACACAUACUGUUUAUGGCAAACAGCUUGGGACAAUCAAAGAGUGGCCUUUUGUAUAGUUAGCUGUAGCAUAAAUAGGCUAAGUAAUUUUGAGUUCGCCCGCAACUGGAUCUUAUCGGGCAAGAGAUGUAGCUGUGUUGGAAUAUCCUGAUGGCCAACCACUAUUUUGCACUUCUUUUGGUACUGAGAAAAUGUCAGACAUUUUGGAGAAAUCGUAUAAAAUGCCACAAAAGAAAAAGUGACAUGAAAAUAAAUAUCUACAUAUAGAAUAAGAAUUUUUUUUAAAAAAUUGUAUUUUUAAUGAGAUUAUCUUGGAAAGAAAAAAGUAAUUUACUAUCUGGCAAAUUGUGUCCUUUUUUGGCAUUUUUAAGAGAUUUUAACACAACAUCUAAUUUUAAAGCAAUUCUACCACUAAUGACCACUUGAUUCUUUCCUUCCAUUCAAUAUUUAUCUUUUUUAAACAAAUUUCUUAAAAAAUAAAUAAAUAAUUAAAUCAACCCAUUGUUUCUAUAUCAAUUAAUUGAUCUAAGAAAAACAACAACAGCCACAACACAGGCACUAGAUGUAUUCUGUGAAUACCGUACCAAUCGUUUCUCUUAUAUUAAUGAUUUUGCUCAUUGUCAAGUGAUUUUUUUGUUAUUGAUCACUGACCCACACAGCAGGACUAAUACUGUGCAAGCUUUUUACAGCCAACUUGAAAUUAUGCCUCUACCGCAGUGGUUGUAGCUUUUAUAUAUUUCACUUUAAUAGAUUGACUUAACUGCAUGCAAUAAAAGUUCAGAGAGGAGCCGAUAUUGGUACAUCAUGUUUUGAGAGCUUCAAUGAAUUUGCCUCAUCAAUAUGUCAAAUAUGUAAUGAUCUGUUUUUGUCUUAAAAUAUCAGAUUGAAACACUGUUGACAAUCGUUUUCAAAGACAUUUAGAUGUAGUAAAAUGGACUAUGGCAGAAUAACAUUGUAACAAAGGUAGAAGGACAAGUAGAAGUUUUUAGAAGUGUGUAGUGAAAGUGCUUUUGGUCAGGAGGCUUUUGCAGUUUGUGUUGCUUUGGGUUUGAAUUUGAGAUGUUGAGAGGGCAAUGAGGAAAGUUACAAGAAGGACUUAAAGUUGGGUAUCGUCCUAGACACUGAUGGAAACAAGUAGCACAGACAAUAAAAUGUAUCCAAAGAAAGACUACAGAGGUGCAGAGUCACGUCAGACUGAGAGACAGAGCAUGUCUGCGGUAAGAGGGGUUUGCGUCUUAAAGUCACACAUAGACUAUUUCUUUGCUGGAUCAACAAUAAUGAGGAUGUGCUGAAAAUGGUGCAAAUCAAAGAAAAGAGGUUGUAAAAAAAGUCGCAAAGGAGAGAUGAACAAAAACAUGGGUUUGCACUACUGCCGUUUAUUUUUUUUCUUAGCUUUUUUUAAUAUCAGUUUCCAAGAUCCACCUCAUGCUUUUCAUUUUGGUACGAAAGUGCAAGAGUUAUUAGCUGGCUUUUAUGAAAUAUUGGGCUUUGAUCAAUUUAUGACUGCAGAUUUAUUUAUGGACUUUUUUUUCAGAGGUUAAGCUUUAUUGGGAAAACACUGGUUUUAAAAGAGAUUAAUCUUACACAGAAAAUAAAACCACUUAUAAAUAAUAUUAAAAAAAAAAUACUAAUGACAUAAGCUACCGUGUUAAUGAUCCUUCGAAACCUAAUGAUGUCCAGUGGUGUAUUUGGCAUUUCUCUCCUUUCUCACCUGGUGUUUUUUAAGACUUACCUUGCUUGGUGUGAGAUUCAGUCUUUGGAUCAUUUACAGGACCAAGUAUUUGAGCUUUCUUCAGCUAUUUGAUCACUAACAACUAUCUAGCUUUAGGUAAAGAUGUUAUACAAAGGGAAAAACACAAUUACAAAUCUUAAGACUUCCAUCACUAUCCAUCUCUAAGACAGAGGUAAACGAUUUUGUAAGCUACCAUUCCAACAUUGACGCAAGUCUAACCUUAAAAUUUGCACUGAUGUAGUAUGUUUGUGAAGGUUUUCACAUUGUCUAUUGCUGUACCUAAGGCUAUUUAAACAGGAAUAGUUCACACAUAGGCAAAAUCAAUUAUGAUUGAAAAAAUCUAAUAUUGUUAAAGCAUGCUUGGUGAAUGGUAACAUGCAAAGAUUUGUGUACCAAAGGAUUUCAGAGUUGGACAAACACUGUACUGAACACACAGUUAUGUGACAUCUCUUCUGGUACUAGACUGGUCUUCAAGCAACUAAAAUUAUUAUUAUUAUUAUUAUUAUUUUUUUUUUUGUACAAAUGUGUAAAUAUACCUUUUAAAAUUGUUUCCAGGGUGUUUCUUAUGUAAAAUGUUUUCAAAGUUUACAUUAAUUAUAAGCCUUUGUAUAUUUUUGAUCUGUGCAACACUUUGAGUCUUGUAUUUAUUUUUUAGUAAACUUUGUGGAAAGUCCCAUUGUAAAAUGUCUCUAAAACCGUUUGCCAGCUUGUCUGGCUGUUUAGUAAAUGUGCAUAGAAGAGGCCAAUAAAUGUGACUGCUUUAAACACGUAAAGGUC